AUGUCCAGCGUGAAAAUAGACGACUCUGGCUCCAAGUCCACCCCCUCUCCUUCAUCACCUGACAGUCGAGAUCCCCCGGACCACUCUCCAGCGGUUGUCACUUCCAGCAAAGUUCCAGCAAUGGACCUGUUGCCGGAUGAAGCAAAACCUCGGCUUUCAGCAUUCACUCCGGUAUCGGCCGGACACCAAAUGCCGGCACUGCCCGGACUGACCCCCUCUCUAGUCGGACUGUCCGAGUACUUGAACUCGCGAAUGUUGCCUUUCGCAAAGUUUGCCGAUCUUGCCGCCAAGUCAUCAGCAGAGAAUUCGAGUCUGCUGGCAGGGAGGUCGACAGUGGUGGGGGGCUCGAGUUCAGAAGGAACAAACGCGGCAACAGAGAACUUUCCUCCGAUGUUCCGGCCCAUGUUCCCACCUGGCGGACUCUUCCCUGGAGCUGACACUGCUCUAAUCUACCGAGGUCUUGGGGAAUUCCCACUUGCUCCAACCGGGCUACCUGCUUUCUUUCACCGACGUCGACGUAAGGAUGGCCGCCAACGGCGCCAAAGAACUACUUUCACGAGCGAACAGACCUUGCGCCUUGAGAUGGAGUACCACCGCAAUGAAUAUAUUAGUCGGCCUAGGCGUUUUGAACUUGCUGAGUCCCUAGAUCUCACGGAAACACAGAUAAAAAUUUGGUUUCAAAACAGGAGGGCCAAGGACAAGCGUAUAGAAAAAGCACAAAUGGAUCAACAGUUCAGGUGUAUGGCUCUGGCAAAUUCCUUGGGUUCUUUAUACGCUCCACCAACCUCAACUUCCGGAGUGUGUCCUUCCUUCUGUGGUACUUGUUAUUAUAAACCUGGUACGUCUCCUUUGCUUAGCACGUCUACGGCAGCCACUUCUUCGAUGUUGGCUUCUCGAUUUUGAAGUUUCCUUAGCAAUAGCAUUCAGUAAUGCUGUUUGACAGUUGAAUGUGUAACUCUGUAUAUAUAUAUAAAUGU